UAUCACUCAAGGUCUGAUCACUCGUAGGUGCUGUGUGUCUAGUGGUGCACGCGUUACUCUGCUCGAUAUCGCGUUCAGCCAUUGCAGUGUAUGACACGUGCCGAGGUUGGCCGAAAGCCGGAGUGCAAGUCUGAACACCACAUUAAGGUACAGUGGUAUGGUGAAUUCGCAUGUCCUACACGCAGCUGCACGUGAUCCGUCAGUGCGAAGAAGUAAAAUGUGGCGGACACGACCGAAUGCGACACCGCUUGUCUCGAUAUACGUGGGCACGAUAAAACUGCGGAAUCUAUUGGUGAUACUCUGUUUGGCAAGCUGGGCCGGUUGGCUUCCAUGCUCGGGACUACAACUCCGUCGUCACGGCCGAAGAUGGCGCACCGUCACCCCCUGCGCAUGGCUAGAACGUGGCGGUAUCUUCAACAUGCCAAAAUACUACAGUGCCACUGGGCCACUGGUACAACGCAGGCAGGACUGCUUCGGUGGAACAAGCUGUCCACUUACAUGGCUUCCGCCACAAGACUCCCAAGCACUGACGUUCAAACUUGUCGGAACCGAUGACAUGCGGGACUAUGAAUUUCAGGCUCAUUUUUGCACCCCAAUUUAUUCCUUCCAUCAUCGGUAUUGUACCGGCGAAGAAAGUGAGAUCGCGUUUGAACUUCGCCAAACCGGAACAUGGUUGACGUUGGAUCGCGUGAAUUGCAGGUGCCUUGGUGUCGCAGAUGUCGAGCGUUAUGGGUACAGCAGAGGAGUCUUGUCCAAAGAUAGAGCGUUCCGUGGCAACUACCUACAGAUGACCUGUGCGCAAAGGCCGAAAUGUAGUGAGGACCAACUCUGCUACAUGGAGACACCAAGCGCAGAUGGAUACAUUUACGGUGGUCGGGUGAUGUGCAUAUGUCCGAAGGAAUACUAUUGCCCAAUUUAUUUUAUACGCAAUAAAAGGAUACCACAAACAAACGAUGAUGGGCGCGUGGUUGGCUACGGUUUACGAUGCAAGCGCCGAAUGUAUUGAAACCUACAUAUUAUUUUUAUUCACUGAUUGAUCGAUUUCAUGAUUUCUGCCUGCGCAAGAUAUCAUACUAUUCAUAUGUAACUACUUAGUGCAUAUUAUUGCUUUUGCUGUUAUUGUAAUGAGUUUCGAUCCGACUUUUUAGAUAAAAGAAUGAGGUCAC